UGUGGACGCACCCAAGUACAUGCCAUAUGAGUGGAACCGUAAGCAGACUCUUGGCCAAAGCCUGACUGAGGUUUGACUGGACUGCUGCCUGAAGCCAGAUAAAAUAGCUGUCGGCAGCCAGAUUCUGCCUGCCAACCAAGCAUGUUCUGGAGAGUCUCGUGUUGCUUUUAGGUGACCUUACACAAGACACUCUUCUGUCCGUGGGUGAUAACACACAACUCCUGGCCCCCUUUUGAGUUUCUGAGCUUCCGCAGAGCAGGUCUUUUUCCUUUUUCCUUUCUUUCUUCUCAAGUAUCCGGAGCCUUCCAAGCGUUUAGCCACAUGUGUGUAACAUUUUCUUCCCUGUCUCACGUGACACGAGGCAGAAGCUCAAACAUUACACAAUAAUCAAAAUAUGCCUCUGGCAAAGCUGAGCCAAAAAGCUGAAGCCGAUGCAAGAAAGUGGGAAUGCAAAUGAAAGAAACCCAUUUUUACUAACGUCAAGCAAGGCAUUUGAGAAUGCAAAGUCGGGAGCCCUUCGUUUAAAGGAAAGGUUUUGCAAUAAUAGCUAGGAAUCCCACGAAGCUGGACAACUGCUCUGCGGUGAAACAUCUGUUUGAGAUUCUUCAGCUUUCCUACUGGAUGUCAGGAUCUUUUUCUGGAAGACAUUUGUGCUUGCGACACCAUGAUCUCCCUGGUUCUGUUUGUCUGGAUUGUGCCCUGCGUGGCCAGUCAGCUUCUCAGCAGCUUUGCGAAAGCAGAAAGUCAGAAAGGUUCCAAGCAGAUCAUCUGCAGUGUGCCAGGACCACAAGGCCCUCCUGGUGUGCCUGGAGCUCCAGGUUCCCCCGGGACGGUGGGAAGGAUGGGUUUCCCAGGAAAAGACGGACAAGAUGGAAAGGACGGGGAGAAAGGGGAGGCAGGGGAGGAAGGUCCACAAGGCAAGACAGGAAAUCCCGGCAAGCCAGGGCCAAAGGGAAAGGUGGGAGCCAUUGGCAAAGCUGGUCCUCGUGGUCCAAAGGGCCUGAAGGGGAACCCCGGGAAAAGCGGAGGUGUGGGGAAGAAAGGCCCCAAAGGAGCCCUCGGGGACCCUGGGAUGCCAGGCCCCUGCAGCUGUGGGGCAAACAAAGCCAAAUCCGCCUUCUCUGUUGCAGUGACCAAAAGCUACCCGAGAGAGAGGCUGCCCAUCAAAUUUGACAAGAUCCUCAUGAACGAAGGUGCAAACUACAACAGUUCCAGCGGGAAAUUUGUGUGCAGCAUCCCCGGCAUCUACUACUUCACUUACGACAUCACUUUGGCCAAUAAACACUUGGCCAUUGGGCUGGUGCACAACGGGCAGUACAGAAUAAAAACGUUCGAUGCCAAUACCGGGAACCAUGACAUAGCUUCUGGAUCGACUAUCCUAUCCUUGAAGCAGGAUGAUGAGGUCUGGCUGCAGAUAUUCUACUCGGAACAGAAUGGACUCUUUUAUGACCCUUACUGGACAGACAGCCUUUUCACUGGCUUUCUGAUCUAUCCUGACCAGGAUUAUCUCAAUGAAAUAUAAAGGGAAGACAGCGGCAACACCAGCCAACUCUAACAGGAAGUCAGACAUGGAAAAUGAGAGCUGGAAUAAUAUACAUUCAUCUUUGAAAUAUUCCCAUCUUUGCAGAAGCAGUCCUAUACCUGGACUGUGUCUCAGAGGC